CUAGUUCCCUUUUUGAAACUGUUGAAUGUUGAAAUACGCGGGGCAGUACUAAAUCGUGUAUUCCCGCUUCCGUUUAGAAAAGUCUCACAGACCCCUUUCACAAGGAUCUCUGAUCGGAGUCUGAAUCGAAGCACAGACCGGAAAUGGCGAUGGCUGGUUUGUACAGGCGAAUACUCCCUUCGCCUCCUGCUAUAGAUUUCGCUUCUUCCGAGGGAAAGCAACUUUUCAUGGAAGCCAUCCAAAGUGGAACAAUGGAAGGUUUUUUCAAGUUGAUAUCUUAUUUUCAGACACAAUCUGAGCCUGCAUAUUGUGGGUUAGCCAGCCUUUCCAUGGUCUUGAAUGCUCUUGCUAUUGAUCCGGGUAGAAAAUGGAAAGGGCCUUGGAGAUGGUUUGAUGAGUCUAUGUUGGACUGUUGUGAGCCUUUGGAAAAGGUUAAAGCUCAAGGCAUCUCCUUUGGGAGGGUUGUAUGUUUGGCUCACUGUGCAGGAGCGAAAGUUGAAGCUUUUCGCACAAAUCAGAGCACCAUUGAUGACUUUCGUAAGUAUGUUGUCGCAUGUUCUACUUUGGAUGAUUGUCAUGUGAUAUCAUCAUAUCAUAGAGGGGCUUUUAAACAGACAGGAACUGGUCAUUUUUCACCUAUUGGAGGUUAUCAUGCUGGAAGGGAUAUGGCACUGAUUUUAGAUGUCGCUCGCUUUAAGUAUCCACCUCAUUGGGUUCCACUUGCCCUUCUUUGGGAAGCAAUGGAUACUCUUGAUGAAGCAACUGGACUAAGUAGAGGGUUCAUGCUAAUAUCUAGGCUUCACAGAGCACCAGCGCUGCUGUAUACCCUGAGUUGUAAACAUGAGAGUUGGGUCAAUACUGCAAAGUUUUUGGUGGAUGAUGUUCCCGUUCUAUUGAGGUCGGAGGAUGUAAAGGACAUCAAGGGUGUUCUAUCUGUCAUUUUCACUGCCCCGGCGUCAAAUUUUGCAGAAUUCAUCCAGUGGGUAGCAGAAGUUCGGAGACAAGAAGACAGUGGUCAGAGUCUAAGUGAUGAAGAGAAAGGAAGACUUGCCAUUAAGGAACAGGUAUUACAACAAGUACAGGAGACCAGUCUUUAUAAGCAUGUGACUGAGUUCUUAAGUUCAGAAAGGUCAUGUUGCCGAACCAUAACAACCAGGAAUAAUGAGAAUACACUAUCUGAUAUUGCAGCAAGUGUCUGUAGCCAGGGAGCAGGGUUUUUAGCAGGAAGAUCUGGAUCCUCUGAUAGGUUCUGCUGUCAGGAAACAUGUGUGAAAUGUCUGAAGGCAAAUGGAGACAAACCUGUCACAGUGGUGUCUGGAAGGGUGGUCAAUGGUAAUGGUGAGCAAGGGGUGGAUGUGCUAGUCCCUUCAUCUGAAAUAAAGCUGAGUUGCAGUGGGCAAGGCCCAAGUGGUUGCAUUGGGAUGCACCCGGCGAACAAUGAUGUACUGACUGCACUCUUAUUGGCCUUGCCACCACAAACGUGGUCUGGCAUCAAAGAGGAGAAGCUGCUUCAGGAAAUGCAUAAUCUUGUUUCAACGGAGAACCUUCCUACUCUGCUUCAAGAAGAGAUUUUGCACUUGCGAGCUCAGCUCCAUUUUCUGAAGAUAUGCAAAGAUAAUAAGGUAGAGGACGAUCUUGGUGCUCCCAUCUUUUAGCGUUGUCCUCAUUUUUGUUGUUGACAUUGAUUCUGUUGUAACUGAAGAGUGUUCUCACCCCAUUGUCCACGUACAAACAUUUAACACUGAAAAAUUUAGAUUCACACUGCAAAAGGCUAUUUAUUGCCCUUUUUAGGUCAUGUAUCAAGAAGCAGGGGUUGUCUUGCAGAGAUCAAGAUCUUUUAGUGAAGAGGCAAGAGUUGUCUUCCGAAGGUCAAUGCUCUGUUCAAAGUGGAACCAUGUCAUUAGGGUUGAUAAUGUGAUGACUUAUUCAGGUAACCUACCGUUACUGGGAAGGCGAGGUAUUUUUACUCUUGGUACAGGUGGGCUUGUGAAGGAAUACGUAAAGCCAACUCAAUGUUGGAGUGGGAUCGGCUCUCAGACCACCUGUCCCAAAUUUGCCUUGCAGACCUCGUCUUUAAGACACCCCAGUUAUUUUCACCCUCUGUCACUCUAGGACUCAAGGCUGCCUGACCUGGUAAAGGUAUGGACUUGGGAUUUUUGAAUUGUUUACUUCCUGCGGUUGUUGGAUCUUCUUCUCUUGACUCGCCAAAUUGAAAGUUUUCACAAUACAGGUAUUUUCACAUUCUUUUUCUUGGCCAUAUAAGCUUGUCUUGGAACUUGAUAUUAUGUAAAAAACACAAAUUAUGAACAUAAUUAUUGGAAUAAUAAUAUAUA